AUGGGCCAGAGGAAGAGGAGGGCGGGGGCCCAGAGCAGGAGGACGGGCCAGGCAGGGAGCUGGGGGCUGGCAAUGGGCCAGAGGAAGAGGAGGGCGGGGGCCCAGGGCAGGAGGACGGGCCAGUUGGCUGGGGCGGCCCAGAUGGUGAUGUUGUUGCAAAGGGCCUGCGCCAGGGGAGGCCCGUACCGGAGGAGCAGACGGGGAUGCCACAUGAAAUGGAAUGGUAGUAAUGGUGGGUCCUGUGUCUAUGAUCCAUGGGGCCAUGAGGGAAGACGCUGCAGGAGGGUUAGACAAAUAGCAAGGAAACGAAUUUUCAACAAAGUGAACAUGACGGGAUAG